ACCCCAUUUUGGCGCCACGAGGAAUGAUCAUGUGAAUUGCAAUAGUUGUCGUCACCCCACAUGCCAGCCUCCCACAAGUCCGCACAGUUCGUGGCACUGACAUUGACACCACCCGCGUUGACCUAAGCACCACCGUGUAACCCAAGCUAAAAGCUCACGGAUAAGCCAUGCGGAGUACACGACCUCUAAUAAAUUUGAGCUACUUUUCUCUCUUCCUCCUUAGCUUGGUCCUGAUCUCGUAGCGCAGGGCGGAAGGCUUAAGUUUACUGGCUGAUCAUUGCCAUGUCAGGGAACCCGCCACCGUCGUCGGACCCGUACGGGCGGCAGCAGUAUAGCUACAGCGGGCGCAUCCUGCUGACCACCGCCGUCAUCCUCUUCGCGCUCACCGUCGUCUUCGUCGUUCUCCGGAUCUUGGUGCACGCCCUGCAGCUACGGGCGGGCGGAGGCCGUGCCCGCCGCGGCGGCGGCCUCGCCGCCGGCAUCCUGCGGUCCAUCAGCGGGAUCGGCAGCAGCCGGCGCGGGCUGGACGCGUCCGCGCUCUCCGCGCUGCCGGUGACAUCGUACCGGAAGGAGGUUGUCGCCGCCGGCGCCGGGGGAGCUGACUGCGCCGUGUGCCUGUCGGAGCUCGCCGACGGAGACAAGGUGCGGGAGCUGCCCAACUGCGGGCACGCGUUCCACGUGGAGUGCGUCGACGCGUGGCUGCGCGCCAAAUCCACGUGUCCUCUCUGCCGGGCCGACGUGGAGAUGCAACAAGGGAACGGGAAGGCGGAGGCGCAGUCGUCCUCCUCCUCGUCGUCGUCGGCGGCGGCCACGGAGCCGCUGCCGCAACCGGCGUUGUUCGGCGCAGGAGGAACCUUGAUGGUGACCGUGCACGGUGGUUCGGAUAGCCGGCGAGACGUGCGCGGGUCAACGUCGGGGUAAGGUAGUCUAGUCGGGACCUUCCAAUUCCUCUGUUAGCAAGUCAACAGCCUAGUUAGCCCUGCCUGCAGGGGAACUCAAAACAAGCCUGUAGCGUGACACAUGCAUAUACUGUAGGUUAGACAGACUAGAAAUGUAGUUAUGUAGUAAGACUGUGAUUAUUUGCAAUGGACAUCUCUGGUGUGUAUAUCUUGCGUAGUGUCAGUAACAAAGUUCCGUCCAAUAAGAUA